UAUUUCAGUCAAAUGUCAUUUGCUAUUAAAAAAAGUAUAACAUUUUUAAAUGUGUGCGCCUGGACUGUAAUUACAGGUCUGGUUUACAAAAGGGCAUUUCAGGUUUAUAUGUGGUCACUUGUGUAUUUCUCAGGAGUGUAAUAAUCUUGAACCAUAUACGCCAACUUGCAACUGAUGUGCGAAUUAACACAAACUUGGUCUGGGUUCUGGUUUGAGCGAGGCUUUUUUUUUACGGGCCGGCCCCGGUGGCAGUCUGGACCAGACUGAAAGCAGCCUUUUGGAAAUGACGGAGGGGCUGUAAUUUGAGAGUAGCACAGAGGUAUUAUUAGUCAAAAACUGAAGCGCGGCACUUGAGACGUCCAGAUGUUGCGUUUGAGGCACCAGGCAGAGUCGGGACUACAGCCACGCCGAGGGAAACUUUUUUACUCACCGCUCUCCUGCUCGCCAACGGUGAUGCAAGCUGUCCAGCUGGGUUAAAGAACGAAAAAGAGAAGCCGUGAAACAAUUUCACGCCACUUUUUUGGUUUGUUUGGAGAGGCGGACGUUGAAACUACGGCCAAGCUUCAAGUAACUGCGCAGUUUGGAACCUGUUUGCAGUGUUUACGCUGAAAUGAAAUAGCCUUUAAAAGUGCAUUUUAGCAAGUAUUUAAACCCUGUUUUGUUUUUUUUUUGUUUUUUUUUUUUUUUUUGCACCCUGCAGCAAGUUUGCAUCAUGGCUUUUGUUCACUUGCUCUUAAGUGCCUGGAUGUUGUUACAGCCAGCGUGCGGAGCUUUUUACCGGGGACCAUUACAUCCGGAGAUGUCUAAUGGCACUUUUCAUCAUUAUUUUGUCCCGGAUGGCGAAUAUGAGGACAACGACGACCCAGAGCAGUGUCAAAUGCUUUUUAAGAUGACCGACGAGCGAAAGUGCAGUCUGGACGAGGACCAGGACUCUGUCAUAAGGGACGACUUCACCCUCAUCAAGCGGCAGAUCGAGGACUCGGCGCGGGUGCUGGAGGGGAUCGGGAAGAGCAUCUCCUACGACCUGGACGGAGAGGACAGCUACGGGAUGUAUCUGCGCAGGGAGACGGCCCAGAUCGGCGAGGCGUUCACAAACUCGGAGAAAUCUCUGCUGGAGCUGGAGGUGAAGUUCAAGCAGAGCCAGGAGAGCGAGCUGAAGGAGGAGCACCGGCUCAGUGACGACUUCCUCACCAUGAUCGUACACACACGGGACGCCCUGAAGGAGACCCUGGACAUCUCCCUGGGCCUGAAGGACAAACACGAGUUGCUGUCUCUGAUCAUCCGCAGCCACGGAACGAGACUGAGCAGACUGAAGAACGAGUACCUCAAAUUCUAAUAGGAAAAUAAUCCCUUCAAACUUCCCAUUACAUCACUUUAAAUACUGCUUUUAUUGUGGAGUGCGACCAGGGCCGGAUUUAGGAAAAUGUGGGGCCCGGGGCUAAAUCCACUUUUGGUGCCUAAUCUCACAUAAUUCAUGUGUUUCAUGCAUUCAAAUUUCAAUAUAUUGAUCCAAAUAUUUUUUUUUCUGACAGUGUCCUUCCAUUUUUCACUUCUAAACAAAAUACAUACCUGGCAUCAGUUAUAUAAUUUAUAGAAUUACAUCAUACAAGUCAAAACAGUGUUAUAAUGUGUUAUAAUAAACAUCAGAGCGUCUUUUUGCUGAAAGACCAGAGGAGGGCUCUAAAGAGCAAUCAGUGUCUGUAUGUCAACUCUUUAAAUUUGUAGAACACAUGUAAAAAAAUAGUUA